AUGACCCAACCACUUCGACAUUCGUUCCUUGGACCGCAGCUAAGGUUUCAAAUCAUUUUUAUUUUUUAAAUUUAACAAAUUAGGACUCCAUCGCGGUUUACUUAAAAAACCAAAGAUGAAUAUCGACUUACUUCUUUCGGAAGCCUCUGCUCAUAGAGGUACUGACCAGGAGUUCGAAUAUACUUCGAAAGCUGGAAUCUGCCUCUGGGUGAGCCACAAAACUCAUAGCUGCUUCUCACGCAACUUUCAGAUUAACUAUGUUCUCGAUGGGCUCAAGAUGCGUACAACUCCUGCUCCCGCUGCUACGGUUUCCCUUAAUUGCUGCUUCUGAUGCACCAUUUUUCUCAGAGUCCCACCGUCGGUUUCGAUAAUGAAGCCUGCAAAGCUGCUGGUUCGGUUUUUAUCAUUCUACCCAGCGGUCUCAGUGUCGAUCUGAUUCCUUUCCUACCGACCCCUAAACAGUUGCGAGGAAAAUCAACAGACAAAGUCGUUUCUCUGGUUGUUCUCUCCGCUAUGAAAUCGGUUAAAAUCCCUACUGUAAUAGGCCUAUUUUUGGUUUAGAUCGCUCCAUUGGAUAUUUUAUUGCCUUGUUAUUCUGGCUCAGAGAUGCCGUCUAGGAUGGUCUAUGUCGGCGAUUCUUUGCUUGACGGACUUUUUAGUGAGUUCACUUUUGACGUAUUCCUCACCGCAAAAUUUUUUUUCAGCUCUGUUUCAAAGGGGACUUUUUUUAGAUUUCUUAGAUUUCCCAACCCCAAUGGACCGUUCUCAAGAACUUCAACGUAUUAAGCCGCUCAUUUCGUCUACUGUGAAUGAUUAUCUGUGAGUUAUUUUCGAAUAACUCACUUACUUUUGUUUUUUAGGGAACGCCAUCGAUCCCAGUACUGCAAACGUGUGAACGACAAGUUGGCGGGUCAAAAAAUGGCGGAAGCGCUUCUCAAAGAUAUAGCAAUGCAGGAAGAGAGGUGAUCUCUAUUCAAUAUUUUUUUAAAGCAAGAGUUUAAUUUCGGGUUUUUCAACCUCAAGUCCUUUUUAUUCGGGAUCUUAACCCUUUCGUAAUACUGCCAACAACAAAAACUUGAAAACAAUUUCCAUAAAACUGUUUGAAUUUAAAAAAAUAAACUAAAAAGGAUCCAUAGAGCGCAUUUACCCCGGCGCGAAGGCCUGUUACUUUUAUUUUGUUCAUGUAUUUCUGUAUCAGCCAUUUUUUUUCUGUGCAGUUUUUUGACUGCGGCUGUUUUUUACGGCUAUUGACGGGCUAUUCUGUCAAAUAUUCCUUAGCGUUUCCAAAAUUGAUACUUCUAUUUUCGACCGCUGCCAGAAUGUCUUCUUUAAAACCUUCCACGACAGCAUUUUCUCAUACCUCCGAAGUCCAUCAAGCUUUUAAUAACUAUUUUCUUUUUCUUACUUUUUCCAAUGAGUGCUCUAGUAUUAAAAAAAGUCAAUAAGCCGUUUUUUUGCCUGUUCAUUUGUUUAUUCUACUUUCAGUGAAUCUCCCGAAGAGAUCGACGAAUACGAAGAUGCUCUCAAUGAUGCCGACCGGCAACCGGGAGAUGAAGCAAUGAAGCAAACUGCUCAGGAGAUUCUUCCCGCAGAGUCCGUCUAG